GGUAUGAAUUGCUCUGCCGGAAACGUUAGUGAACCUUAUGAUGAUAUCAUAGUCAUUGAUGGUGAUUAUGAUAACAACAAUACUAUUAAUUCAUCUUGUGAUAGUGAUGAAGAGGAGAGAUUUGAUUUAAAUAUCUCCUCUACUGAAUGGGAACAAAAUAAACCUGACUAUUCAGUUGAAACAUGUCAUGAUUCUCAAGGACAAAUUCGUCAGAGGAUGGUGAAGAAACAGGAAGUAGAUAACAGCUUUGAUUUGAAUAAAUGUUCUGCGAAACUGAAGCAAAGUGAACAUGAUUCUGUUGAAACGUGUCAUAAUUCUGAGGAACGAAAUGGUCUUGGGAUGAUGAAACGAGAAGAUAUAGAUACUUCCAAACCGCAUUCAGAUGGAAAUAUUCAUCGAUUACAAUCAAUAACUCUAGAAUAUCUAACAUCAUUUACAAACACAUGUACAAAUUAUGAUUGUUACCAGUUAUAUUUUAUACUAGCCUUAAUUCUAAGACUUGUAUUAGUCGUUUUCUCUAUAUGGCAGGAUACAGUUCGUUGGCCAGAUGGCCAACUACGAUAUACAGAUGUGGACUACGAUGUAUUUUCUGAUGCUGCACAAGCUUUUGUCGCCGGAAAAAAUAUUUAUAUUGAGCGUCCUACUUAUAGAUAUUCACCUCUUAUUGCUGUCUUUCUUGCUCCUGGUUACUGGUUAUUUUCUGAUGGCAAUUAUUCAGCCACUGAUGAUGAAAAAGUAGGUGUUAGUUCAAAAUUCGUUGGAAAAUCAGUUGAACCACACUUACGAUCAUUAAAAAACGUGACUGUUCAUUCUUUCGCUCAUCUAUGGGGUAAAUUUAUCUUCAUCAUGGCUGAUUUAAUAUGUGGUUAUUUACAAUAUAAAAUUAUUCAACAUAAAACGUUUGUGGACAAUGUGCCAAAUUCAAAUACUGUUGUUAUUAAUCAAAAUAAGAAAAUUCAACCAAAUUCAAUUUCAUCAAACACCAAUCAAUUAGCAUUAUAUCUUGUUAGUUUCAGUUGGUUAUUCAAUCCAGUCACAGCAAUAGUCUCUACUCGUGGUAAUGCAGAUAGUUUACAAAGUUGUUUUGUUUUAGCCUGCCUAUGGUGUAUUCUAAAGCAUCGUAUUAUUGCUGCAGGAUUUUUAUAUGGAUUAUGCAUACAUUUACGUAUCUAUCCAAUUAUUUAUGCACCAUCAAUUUAUUUAUGGUUAAUGAUGAUUGAAAUGCGUCAUGACAAAGAUAAUCCAAAGCAAAGCAAAUUAUCAACACAAUCUCAAAGUAUAUUAUUUUCAAUGAUAUUCAAAUUACCAACUAGAAAUCAUUUUAUUUUUGGUAUCAGUUGUUUGCUUAGUCUGGUGAUAUUGACUGGAUUAGGUUAUUUGUAUUUCGGUGGAAUGUUAUUUCUGCAACAAGCCUAUUUUUAUCAUUUUACUCGAUCAGAUUUUAAGCAUAAUUUUGCUCCACAUUUCUUGAGUGUCUAUUUACUUUCUGGACAGAAAUGGAUAGCUGAGAAACAGACUUUACCUAUCUAUAAUUUACGUCAAUGGUUGAACAAUGCUUGGAAUGAUUUCUCUACUCUGUUAGCUUACUGGGGUAACACUGAUAAUGUUGGAUAUUCUUAUUUAAUAUGGGAUUUGUUGUUGAAAAAUCUUGGUGCACCAGAUGUUUUAGAGCGUUUGUUCAAUGUGACUUCAAUAAUUCCAUGUAUAAUUUUAAUUCCGUGUCUGUCUUUCAAACUAUAUUCCAAUAUGAGUUUGUGUUGGUUUGUGCUUACCUACAUGUUUGUCACAUUUAAUAGGGUAUGCACUGUUCAGUAUUUCCUAUGGAUUCUAUGCCUUCUUCCAGUUGCUUUGGCUGAUAUACGUCUACCUUUAAAUAUUUCACCAUAUUACGCUGUAGUACAAAAUUUAAUGUUAUGGUUUGGAUCUCAAGGUAUAUGGCUUGCUUCUGCCUAUGCACUUGAAAUGUGUACAUUGCAAGGAGCUAUGUUAAAUCAUAUUAUUUGGAUAUUUGUUUGGAUAGCUUCGCUAAACUUUUUUGCCUGUAACAUUUUCAUUUUGUAUCGUUUAAUCAGUUGGCGUAAUAAAUCUUCAUCUAAUGCUAAUUAAAAAGUUUCAUUGUCUGCAUUGAUUAGUUAUAAAGCUACCAUUUCCCCUGUUAUUUUAUGUUUUACUAAUUAUUUUAAAAACGAACACUACUACUACUACUACUACUGUUUUUGUCAGAAAUAUAGCAUAUUUAUGAAAAAACAAACUUUGUGAUAAGAAUUUUAUUUGUUUGCAUAACCCACAUUUCACAUUGAUUGUUGUUGCAAAUGUCGAUAAAUUUGUCAAAGAAUUUUUAUUUUUUAUUUAUUGACUUAUUUUCUUCAUAUCAAUAAAAAAAUCGGUGAUAUAAUUUGAACCGGUAAAAAUCAAAAAAAUAUACUUUAUCAUUUUAAAAAUAAUUUCUUUUAUUUUUUCAUAGAUUUUUUUUUAAAAAGAAAGUUUCUUGUAUAUCCCUGUGUGUGUUGUUAAUGAAAUAAUUAAACAUCAUAACUUCUCAAUGCAUAUAUAUAUUGUACAUUUAACUGAAAUGAUUCUUCAUUGUAUCAUUAAAAAUAAUCAUAAUUCUUUUCACGUUUUUGUUAGUUAGUUUCCCAGUAAUUAAGGGGAUUAGUUGACGGGUUCUUUCCAACUUUAAAUAGAUCCUGAUAUUAAAUAA